CUUAGUUUUGUAAUUAUGAACCUGAGAAAGUUUUUAUCUUCUACACAAUUGUGACUAUUUUUUUGCAAGCUCAUCGGUAGCAAAAGAAACAAAAUAUAAAACCGUAUGAAAAUGUACAGUUGUACAGACCGGUGAACUUCAAGUGCUCGUUUCGCGAAUCCCCUGUUAUAAUUUAUUCACCCUGCCACCGAAUAAAAAGUUCGACGAGACGAUGAUAGCAUGUGUUCUUUCUGGUUAUUGUAAUAUUUACGACGGUGCAAUGCAUCGUGUUUCAUUGGAAAUAUGGGUCAUAGUAACGUUUAAGAGGAGGAACAGCAACGUUGACGAAGCAAGUUCAGUGCUUAUACGAAUGGAUCGUUCAAACAAAUAUAAUGAUGAUUACACAAAUUUAGAAUGGGCAAUUGAACUGCAUCGGUAUAUGUUAACAAUUGUCGGUUUAUGGCCACAAAGCUCACAACAAAUAAAAGAUGAAUAUAAAAAAUUCUCUGCAAAGUUUCGGAUGCUAUUAAAUGUUUUUAUAUUAUCUUUCGUAUUGAUUAUACCAACUGUAGCUCAUCUGAUAAAAGUAUGGGGUGAUUUGCUUCAAACAAUAGAAAAUUUGCAAUUCAGUCUGCCUUUUCUGGUAACGGAACUUAAAAUCUUCAUUAUGUGGCACAAAAAAGAAGUUUUAUCGAUGUUGAUUAACAUGGUUAUAAAAGACUGGACGCGAGUGAAAAUGGAUGAAGAGCGAAAUGUCAUGCUAGAAAAAGCCAGGAUUGCCCGCUUACUCUUAAAACUCGGAGUAUUUGUUACAGCUUUGGCAGUGUUCAUCAGACUUGGCUCUGUAUUCUUUAUAGAAUACAUUUGGCAUGCAAACAAUGACACUAAUCAUAAAAGAGCUUUACCGAUUCUUACAUACUACUGGUACGAUUUAUCCAGCAGCCCGAAAUACGAGCUAGCAUAUUUGGCACAAACAAUCGGAUGCUGUUUAGCCACUCUCACUUACAUGGGAAUCGACGACUUUCUUGCACUACUGAUCUUACAUAUAUGUGGUCAGUUGGAGAAUCUGCAUCUACGAUUAUUGAAUCUGGGGAAGGAUCCGGACUUUAAAGCGGCUUUAAAGUACAACGUUAAAGACCACAUUCGCUUGAUCAGAUCUGUAGAAGUCAUUGAUAACACGUUCAAUUUAAUGCUGCUCAGCGUGAUAGGCUUUUUCUGCAUAUUCUUCAGUCUUCAGGGAUUUCUAGCACUUAACGCUAAUCGAGAUAAUCAUUUGCCGAUGUCGCUAUUGUUAUUCUAUAUUUUUGGGAGUUUAUGUGUUUUAAUACAUACAUGUUUGUAUUGUGUAGCAGGCGAACUUCUCGUGAUUCAAAAUGAAAAAAUACAUAGAGUUACAUGUGAAUGUAUAUGGUAUACUCUAGAGCCGAAAGAAGCGAGAAAUUUGACAUUAAUUAUGGUCUGUGCAAAGAAACCACUCAAUAUCACAGCGGGAAAAAUAUUCCCAAUGACAAUGUCUACAUUUUGCAACAUAUUAAAGACGUCGGCUGGUUAUAUAUCUAUGUUACUUGCCGUUCGCAAUUAAUAAACAUGAAUAUUGUGAGAACAAUGGCAAAAGCAAUAUCAAUUCAAUGUCUAUGCCAAAUCCUAUUUCACGGCGUAAAAAUGCAAACAAUAAUAUGCAAAAAGCAGUAGUUGUUUAUCACAGUUGCACAACUAUAAAUAAAGCAAAAUGGCCUUUUUUCGCAAGAGCUUAUUAAUUGUGAUAAAAAAUUUUAGCACAUAAUAUAGUAUUCACCUAGUGAUGCCAAAAUUAGCUUAUACGUCACAAAAAGUUUUUUUCUGAUCUGUUUUCUUCUUUGCUUUACUAAUAUAAAAGAAACGAAAUCUGGUAGAACUCUUUAUUUUCCUUUUUUCUGAUUUGCAAUAAUUAAGGGAUGUUUUGAUAUAAUACUUGAAUUUCACAAUUAUCUAAAAAAGCUCUAUUGUGGAAUACUUCCCCUUCGAAUAGAAAUAUGAAAAGUAACAUUUCUCAACAUAGUACCAUUUUUGUUGUACAAAAAAUAUAUUGUAUACGCAGAUAAAAGAAAAAUAAAAAUUAUAGCACUAAUAA